CCCGCGGCCUCUCUCUGCCCUCCUCCGACCAUCGAGCCUUUUCUUCCCUCCUCUCCUCUUUCCUCCGUCUCUCUUUCAGACUGAAAACACAAACCGCUUCCCGCGGAGCCGCUUGUCCGUCUUUUCUCCUCUGCGCGCGGAUGAGGCGCUUCUGGAGCUGAGGAGGAGGACCAACGCUCCUCAACAGGUGGAUGCGGAACCUUGUCGGUUCAUGAGAGCGAGGAGCCUCCGAGGGCUUGUAGGGAAGGGGGGUUACUCUUGUUUUAAGGAACGCGCACGCAGGUGGAGCGGGUGCCAACGACCGGACACGGUCCGAGCGCGGAGGACGCGUCUGCGCGCUCGGAGCUGCAGCUCGGUGAGGGCCGUUGAUGUCAGGGGUUCCGCGGCGCUUAGGGGCGGGCCCUGCCAGCGAGUGUCACUCAGCCGUCUGCUCAUGUGACCAUAAAGAGGUGAACUCCAACUCUGACUCAACUUCUUCUCAAAUUGCGCAGCGCAGAGGCGGCUGCGGGUUUCUGCGUCCUCUGUCUGCUCUGCUUAAUGAGGAUUAGCCCAUCACCCCUGGAUGCUGCUGCGGCGGGGAGGGGGGCGGCCAUUUGAAUACAAAUGCAAGGCAGAGUGACAGCACGGUGCCCAUGAGAGUGACGUGUCGUGUCUGUUCUGCGGGAGCUCAGGACCGUGAAGAGACGCGCGGCAGCUGGAGCGGUACCCGCACCUCCUCAUUCUGACUUCUGCUGCGAACGGCGGAGGCAGCAUGGCAACUUCUGCCUCUCUGGAGACGGUGAUGUCCUGCGGCAGGACAGGCCCGGCCGCGCCUCCGAAGAGCCUGGCCUUCUCCAUCGACCGCAUCAUGGCCAAGAGCGCGGAGCCGCGGCGCAGCGCGGAGGAGCGCGCCGAGGGGAAGAAGGUGCUGGGGCUCUGCUCCCCCAUCCCCUGCAUGAUCCCGCUGCAGCCCUUCAGCUACGACCUGCAGGCCAAGGCGCUGAUGAACUACUCGGACCUGUGGAGAGCCAGUUUCAGAGGAGCCCUGUGCGGCUCCGCGGCUGCUCCAUGCAAAGGGGGCUGCGCCAUGUGCGGCAAAGCGGAGCCCGGCCUGAAGCAGCCGCUGCUGGCGCCGGGCAGCCGGGUGGUGAAGCCACAGGUCAUCCACCAGGCCGUGGCCGUGCCCAGCUGCGGCUCGCUCUACUACCUCAACUACCUGGACUCCGCGUACCAGCAGUCGGAGCUGCUGGCGGGACACUGGCUCUCCGGGCCGCAGGCGCAGGCCUCCCUGUCGGCGCAUCACAGACUCCUGCUGCUGGAGAACGCAAAACUGAGCGGUGCGGGCGCCGAGAAGCUGCCCACACCGCAGUACCCGCACAAGGAGCACCUGCCGGGCCAGCUGGACCAAAUCGUCAAGGAGAACCAGAGUCUGAGCUCCGAGAAGAGCGGAGUGAAGGCGCACAGUCGGCUGAGCGGCGGCGGCGGCGUGGACGGGAAACACAAAAACUUUACCUGUGAGGUGUGCGGAAAGGUUUUUAACGCGCACUACAACCUAACCAGACACAUGCCCGUGCACACCGGCGCGCGGCCCUUCGUCUGCAAAGUGUGCGGGAAAGGUUUCCGGCAGGCGAGCACAUUGUGCAGACACAAGAUCAUCCACACGCAGGAAAAGCCUCAUAAAUGUAACCAGUGCGGGAAAGCCUUCAACAGGAGCUCUACGCUGAACACGCACGUGCGGAUCCACGCGGGCUACAAACCGUUCGUGUGCGAGUUUUGCGGGAAAGGAUUCCAUCAAAAAGGAAACUACAAGAACCACAAGCUGACGCACAGCGGAGAGAAGCAGUACAAGUGCUCCAUCUGCAACAAGGCCUUCCACCAGGUCUACAACCUGACGUUCCACAUGCACACGCACAACGACAAGAAGCCCUUCACGUGCGCCACCUGCGGCAAAGGUUUCUGCCGCAACUUUGACCUGAAGAAGCACAUCAGGAAGCUGCACGACAACGGCUUUGCUGCCGCAUCAGAGGCCUCCAGGGAGCUGCAGAGCUGAGGCUGGAGCUCACAGCGGCUCCUGAGCUGCAGUCAUCGGGUCUAAAGGCCCAAAGACGGAGGAGGCAAAAGUAAAAAAGAGGACAGAGCUAAAGACGCUCCUGAGGAAACUGCAGACUUUUUUUUAGUUCAGAUUUCUUCUCCAUGUACAUGUAAAUAAUAGGUUAUGGAAUUUAGAGAAGCAAAAAAUGUUAUUUAAAAUGUGAAAUUUCAUGUUGUGUAUUUCACAAAAAUGUUCAUGUGAAUAAAUAAUUUAUAAAUUAUUGUGU